CUGAACUCCACCUCUCAGGAUUUACGUUUGUGGAUUUCUGGAUGCAGGUUAGAUAGAGACUACUUUGUUGUUUGAAAUCCUGACUGUUAACUUUACAGCCAUUACCUUUUACCCCUUUAUAGUUAUUUGGGGUGUGUGUGUGUGUGUGUGUUUUAUAAUGGGUCACGCAGGACAAACAAUAGCUACGAGCCAGAGUUCAGCUUUGUUUAGUCAAUGAUUAUUUGUCCUGGAGCAGAUUAGAAAAAAAGGAGCGCAGCGAGCGUUCGCCCAGACAAACGAGCACCAUGAAGCCGUGGCAGAGCCUCUCGGUCUGUGUGCUGCUGGUACUUUGUGCGACACGGAGCGCAAGCGGAGGGAACAUUUUGGUCUGGUACACUGAAGGCAGCCACUGGAUUAACAUGAAGCCUGUGCUGGAGACGCUGAUCGACAGGGGUCACCGGGUCACGGUUCUGGUGCCGAGCGUGUCGAUGUACAUGAACACCAGUGAGCCUUCUCGCUUCAGCUACGAACCCUUCGACGUCUCGGUCUCAAUGGAGGCCAUGCAGGACUUCAUGAAAGACUUCCUUCACUUCUCCAUGUAUGAGAUAGAUCAUAUGAGCUACAUGCAGAUAUACAUGAAAUUCAUGGAUAUAAUGAAGGUCAACCUGCAGUAUUCUUUGAAGUAUUUGGACGGCGUGCUGAAAUCAGAAUCCAUCAUGAAGAAGCUGAAGGAGGGAAAAUAUGACCUUCUCCUGGCUGACCCUGUAUACCCCGGCAGUGACUUAGUAGCAGAGAUUUUGGGCAUCCCUCUGGUCUUCUCCCUUCGGUUCUCCUUAGCCAAUAACUGGGAGAGAAAGUGUGGUCAGCUCCCUGCUCCUCCUUCCUUUGUCCCCGGGGCUAUGAGCAAACUAACCGACAAGAUGGACUUCUCUGAGAGACUGUGGAACUUCCUCUACUACGCAUUGCAGGACCUCCUGCUCGAAAACAUUUUUUGGGACGUACUCGAUAAAUAUUACUCCGAAAUCAAAGGAACACCCACCAGUGCCUGCGAGGUGAUGGGUAGGGCAGAUAUCUGGUUGAUGCGAACCUACUGGGAUUUUGACUUCCCUCGUCCUUUCCUCCCCAACUUCAAAUUUGUUGGUGGGAUUCACUGCAGACCUGCUAAACCGCUACCAGAGGAAAUGGAGGAGUUUGUGCAGAGUUCUGGAGACGCUGGCAUUGUGGUCUUCACUUUGGGAUCAAUCAUCAACAACAUCACCACAGAGAAGGCAAACAUUAUAGCCUCAGCCCUCGCUCAGGUCCCACAAAAGGUGCUGUGGAGAUACAGUGGAGAAAAACCAGCAACUCUGGGUGCCAACACCAGAAUAUACGACUGGAUCCCUCAGAAUGACCUACUGGGUCACCCCAAGACCAGAGUUUUUAUCACCCACGGUGGCACCAAUGGGAUCUAUGAGGCCAUCUACCACGGUGUUCCCAUGGUGGGCAUCCCCAUGUUCGCUGACCAGCCAGAAAACAUGAUCCAUGUUGGGGCAAAGGGAGCCGCAGUUAGUGUAGACUUUAACUCCAUGAAAACGGAGGAUCUUAGAGAUGCAGUCAAUACCGUCAUCAAUGACAAAUCGUACAAGGAGAAUGCCUUGUGGCUGUCCAGUAUCCACCACGACAGACCAAUGAGUCCCCGUGAUGAGGCGGUAUUCUGGAUCGAGUUCACCAUGAGAAACAAAGGGGCCGAGCACCUGAGGGUUCAAGCCCACAACCUCACCUGGUACCAGUAUCACAGCCUGGACGUCCUGGCCUUCCUCCUCACCGUUGUUCUGAUCCUCGUACUCCUCUUCAUCAAGACCUGCAGUUUCUGCUUCCAGAGGUGCUGUGGAGGAAGAGGAAAGGAGAAGACGAAGAGAAAGAGAAAGGCCGAGUAACCGACUGAAAUGAGAUGUAGUUGGGAAAAAACUUGCUCGGCUUAAUCAUGUAAUGUAACCACAAGCCCCCGGAUUGUAGUUUGUGUCUUGAGACAACUCUAAAACAAGUAAAAAAGCAAAUGAAAAACAUACUUUUACAAUUUUUCCAGUAUUCUCGUGAAACAAUGAAACAAUUUGUUAUCUUAGCACGGAGGUGAUGAGAGCUGGCGUGAGUGAGUGCAUGAAUGCAUCUCUGUGUCUGUCCGCAUUUUUGGCUGCAUGCUCACGGUCUUUUCGUGGUUGCAGAGACUCACACUAAGUAUUAUCAAUUCAACAUAAACCUAACAUCAUACCUGCUAAACACCAGCGUAUCAACAGUGUCCAUGUAAGCACGUUCGCUCAAAUGUUCGCUCUGUGUUCGGCCUCUCGGAGCUGCCAGCACGGCUGUAGACUCUCGCUUCAGAGAUGUAUUUAGAAGUCGAAUGAGGCAGCGUGUUUCAGAAACUGUCAGUUCAGAGUAAUAAUGUUUUUUAAUGAUACCACCAUUAAUUGACUGCCGACUGCUCAUUCACUAAUCAUAACAGGAUAAACAGACCACAUAUUGGGAAUCUAGAGGUUUACUUUCUUGCAUUAAAAGAAAAAGGUAACCGUGAAGUCUAAAUACAUGCUUCAUGUUGCAGUUAUUGCCAGUAAGACGGUACGGACAUCUGCAUGGAUACAAAACAAUAUUUGUACUGUAUCUGUGCAAGUGAAAACCACGUCCGAUACACUUGCAGCCGAGCCAACUUUGGAUUAUAUUAAUUCAAUAAAACAUUACAGCAGUGGUUGUUCGAGACAAUCUUGGCAGAGAUCUGCACUCUACUGAGUGCAACUUCCUAUUUUCACUUGUUAUGUCGCCAUGAAGUCAGGUUGAGUCAGCCUCGCCUGGAAAACUGAAUUGAAGACAUUGUUAACCUCUAUGCACACAAUUACCAUGCAUUUGCUUUAAAAUACAUGUGAACAGUUGUAUCGUUUUUUCCUUUAUGUAAUAACACUACAUUUCUGACAUUGACGGGUAAUAAUUUUGGGGGAAAGAAUUUCACACAAAAAAGGAUUUUUCAUUCUGUUCCUUUCAUUCUUCUGACGAGUUAUUAUUAAUGGUCUUGAUAACUAUAUACUGUAAUAUCUAAAGUAUAUAUAUGUAAACUGGAAACAAAGCUGUAAAGUAAUCCCUGUUGAAACAAAUAACUGGUAUUAAAGAAUUUCUCAUCUGUCAGUUAACC